AUUCCUAGAAAGCUAACACGAUAACACAAAUACUAUUUUACCCUUCUCGCAAUUUCCUCUCUCUCGUCUCAAACUACCGCAAGCAGCAACCAACGCUGCUCUCUUCACUCUCUUACGAAAUUCAAUAAUUCAAAUCAAUUGCUGAAGCUAACAUUUCGUCUUCAUUUCAUUCCUUUCCAGUUUUGCAGCUCUUGCUCUCUUCCCCGUCUUACCACAGCGCCGCCCAACUGCCCUCACCGACAGGCGACAGCCCCGCCCGGCCAGCCCACCGCGUAUAGGUCUCCCACGGCCCCACCGUCACCGCGCCGCGCGCCCACUACGAGAAGCUGAAAGGAGGAGUUUUAAUGGGGAAUCCCAAGCCUAAGAAAAGCUCCCAAGGUAAACCAGAGGACGUAGAGAAGAUCCAAUCUGAUGUUGCAUCAUUUGCCUCCUCCCUUGGCCUUGCAUCUUCUCUGCCCUCAUCCGGCUUUAAUGAUUCGGAUUUCCGUCCCAAGAAAAAGAAACCGAUAGAGCCAAAGAUUUCAUCCAAAACUAAAAGCCCCAACCCCCAAAAGUCCCUAAAGAAGAACCCUACACCUCAAAAUCAAAUGUCGCAAAACGAAAAGCCCCAAAACCAAAAACCCAAAUUCAAUAAUGAUUUGAAAAGCAGAAAAAUCAACAAAAAUGAUGGUUUUGCAGUUAAUAAUAAUGAUUACAAGUCAUUUGAAAAGUCUAAGAAUCUCCCAAAGCUUCCGUUGGUAAAGGCAAGUGCAUUGGGGGCGUGGCAUGUUGACCAGGGGGAGCUGGAGGAGAAGGUGAUGGGGGGAGGAGAGAAAAAGAGGGGGGAGGUUGGAAAUGCAGAGGAGUGGAAGAAUCUGGUGGCGAAGAAAAAGGAGCUUGGGGAGAGGUUAUUGGCACAAUACACUUUGGACUACGAGUCUUCCAGGGGACAAAGUGGGGAUAUAAAAAUGCUUAUUGCCACUCAAAGGUCUGGAACGGCUGCUGAUAAGGUUUCUGCUUAUUCAGUUUUAAUUGGUGAUAAUCCAAUUGCCAAUAUGCGAGCACUCGAUGCGCUUCUGGGAAUGGUGACAUCGAAAGUUGGGAAGCGUCAUGCACUUACAGGCUUUGAAGCUCUAAAAGAGUUGUUUAUACAAAGUCUGUUGCCUGAUAGAAAGUUGAAGACCCUUCUACAACGGCCCCUGAACCAUAUUCCUGAAACUAAAGAUGGUAAUUCUCUUCUGAUGUUCUGGCACUGGGAGGAAUGCCUGAGGACAAGGUAUGAACGUUUUGUCGCUGCACUUGAGGAGGCAUCAAAGGACAUGUUGCGUAUACUUAAAGACAAGGCAUUGAAGAUAAUGUAUUCUCUGCUCCGGAGUAAGUCAGAGCAAGAGCGGAGGUUGCUCACUGCAUUGGUCAACAAACUGGGGGAUCCUGACAGCAAGGCUGCAUCAAAUGCUGAUUAUUACUUGACUAACCUUCUGUCUGAUCAUCCAAACAUGAAGGCUGUGGUGAUUGAUGAGGUGGACUCAUUUUUAUUUCGGCCGCACUUGGGGUUGCGUACCAAGUAUCGAGCUGUUACUUUUCUAAGUAAAACCCGCCUAAGUCACAAUGGGGAUGGGCCUAAGGUAGCAAAACGUCUGGUAGAUGUGUAUUUUGCACUAUUUAAGUUACUGAUUGCUGGGGCAGGAAAUGGUGAAAAGAACGAUGCAAGCAAAGAGACAAACAAAUCAACUAACGAGGACAAUGAAGUGCAAUCUUUGCCAGAAUCUCACGUGGAAUUGGAUUCACGGCUUUUAUCCGUUCUUUUGACAGGAGUAAAUAGGGCAUUUCCAUUUGUUUCUGGGAAUGAAGUUGAUGAAAUUGUCGAUAUCCAGACUCCAAUGCUUUUCCGUCUCGUUCAUUCACAAAACUUCAAUGUUUGUAUCCAAGCAUUAAUGCUUCUUGAUAAGAUUUCUUCCAAGAAUCAAGUUGUUAGUGAUCGAUUUUAUCGUGCCUUGUACGCGAAAUUGUUACUUCCUGCUGCUCUUAAUACCUCCAAGGCUGAAAUGUUUAUUGGACUACUACUAAGAGCUAUGAAGAGUGAUAUCAAUUUAAAGCGUGUAGCUGCAUUUUCAAAGCGUCUGUUACAGGUUUCCCUUCAACAACCACCUCAGUACGCCUGCGGGUGCUUGUUUCUUCUCUCUGAAAUCCUCAAAUCAAGGCCGCCUCUCUGGAAUAUGGCAAUUCAAAGCGAGGCAGUCGAUGAAGAUCUUGAACAUUUUGAAGAUGCUAUAGAUGAUCUUGAACAUUUUGAAGAUGCUCCAGAUGAUACCGAAGAUUCACCUGGUACUGAAGAAGAAGCUAUUCUGCCAAGUGGAAAUGGCGGUGAUGAAGAGAACGACAUUAAAUUGGACUCUGACAAUGAUUCUUCUGAAGAUGAGGAGGCUUCUUUAGCAUUUUCUUCUGAAGAAGAUAUGUCAGGUGAAGAUGAAGAUUUACUUAUGAGAAAGAACAUUGAAAAACCCCAGGAAUCUAGCUCCAGUAAGUUGCCUGAGGACAGUGGAAAGCAGCUUGAAUCCUUACCAAAGCAAUUACUGCCUGGUGGAUAUGAUCCUCGGCACCGGGAACCUUCCUUUUGCAAUGCAGGCCACACUAGCUGGUGGGAGCUGACUGUACUGGCUUCCCACGCGCACCCAUCAGUGUCAACCAUGGCGAGGACACUUCUUUCUGGAGCAACCAUUGUCUACAAUGGUAAUCCAUUGAACGAUCUUUGCCUUACUGCUUUUCUGGACAAGUUCAUGGAAAAGAAGCCUAAACAAAGCACAUGGCACGGUGGCUCAAAGAUUGAACCUGCUAAAAAGCUCGACAUGAACAAGCAUAUAAUUGGUCCUGAAAUCCUUGCAUUAGCAGAGGCUGAUGUACCCCCAGAGGACUUAGUCUUUCACAAGUUUUACACAAACAAGAUGACUUCUUCGUCAACAAAACUGAAGAAGAAGAAGCCAAAGGUGGGACCCGAAGAAGAGCAAGCAGCAGAGCUAUAUGGUGGUGACGACAGUGAUGAGGAAGAGAUCGAUGACUUAUUGGAUACAACAGAACCUCCCAUGGAAGCUGAUGGAGAAUAUGAUUAUGAUGAUUUAGACAAGGUUGCCAAUGAAGAGGACGAUGAUUUAAUCGGUGAUGUUAGUGAUGAUGACAUGGACAUGAGCGGCGGCGAGGCUGGUAAUAACUUAAGUGAUUUAGAUGAUAUGAGUGAUGACAUGGACGAUGAUGCCAGUGAUGAUGAUGCCAGUGAUGAUGAUGAUGGCCAUGGUGCACCCUUGUUGAAGAAGGGUAAGAAGAAGUCAUCAGCCUCUCCCUUUGCUAGCUUUGAAGAGUACGAGCAUUUGCUAGAUGAUGAUUCAGGGGAGGAAAAAUCAGACGAGGACAAUAUAGUCAGUUCACCAAAGAAGAGAAAACAUGUUCAGAGUGACAAUAACAAGAAAGGCAGAAAACCAGAGAACAGGAAACACAAGAAGAAGAAGAGCAAAUCUCUUGACUAAGGUGCCAGUAUUGAUUUUGAAGCAAUCUUGUAUUCUUACCAUUUCAUGUUUGCUAUUUGGCAUGUUAGAUUUUGGGAUGUUUACCAGUAAAAUUUUGUAGCUUAGACGAUAUUACUGAAUGUUCUGUGCUGCUCAAAUUCAUGAUUUUUGAGCUAAUUUUCACAAUAUUUAUGUUGAUUAAAAGAUAAGGAUUCGUGAUUUUGAGCUAA